AACUUCCGGUAUUGUUUAUGACGUAAUUAGGAUGUAGGCGGUACUGUUUAGGUUAGCCGGUGAGCUAGCUACCUGGAUCUCUACAGCAGAUCCAACUUUGGGGAUUUUUCAAGAAUGGUUUAAAUCCUGCUGCGUUUUCUGUCUUUCUAACAGUGUAGCGGUGUGUGCGAGUGUGUAUCUGAGUGUGUGAGAGAGAAAAAGGAGAGAGAGAAAGGAUGGAGGACGAGCUGGUGUGCGAGUACGACUCCACCUGGGACACCGACGAUGGAGACGACUUGGUGCCAGAGCACUCCACACGCCGCGUGUGUCCGGAUAAAAAUAAAAAAGCGAAGCCUGGCUUUUGGUCGAAUUCCUCCUCGAGAAAUCUGCGGGCAGCCAAAGACAUGCAGACCUACAGACGCGGCUAUCCAAAUCUCAUCGAUGAAGACUGUUCAGAAGACAGGAUGCUGAAUUUAAAGUUCUACCUAAAUGAAAUAAAGUCGUCUCCCGAUGACGUGUCCAUCGAGACGUUUCACAGCGAGUGGAAAUCGGAUUAUAAAAGACUUGAACGAGUUCAUUCCUACAUCCAGUGGUUGUUUCCUUUGCGUGAGCCGGGGGUGAAUUACCUGGCAACCGAGCUGACCAAGAAGGAAAUCCAGGCAUUUCAAAAGAACGAUGAGGCAAAAAGGCGCCUGGUUGAUUCCUACGAGCUCAUGCUGGGUUUUUAUGGCAUCCAGCUGGCGGACAGACAAACCGGCGAUGUGAGACGCGCCGAGAACUGGAGGGAGCGCUUCGCUAAUCUGGAGCGGAACAUGCACAACAACCUGCGGAUCACACGCAUCCUCAAGAGUCUGGGCGAGCUCGGCUUCGAGCAUUACCAAGCUCCGCUCGUGCAGUUCUUCCUGGAGGAGACGCUGGUCAAGAAGAACCUGAGCAGCGUCAAGCGCAGCGUCCUCGACUAUUUCCUGUUUGCUGUGCGCAACAAGCGCAAGCGCCGUGAUCUCAUCAGCUACGCCUUCCAGCACUUCGAGCCCAAGGACAAGUUUGUGUGGUGUCCCAGAAGAAUCCAAAAACGCCUCAAGAAGAAAGCAGAGGCAAAGCGGCAGGAGUCACCAAGUAGAAACAAGAGAGACGGGGAGAACCGAGAGGAGGACGAGCCGGCGCGCAUGGAAGGUUCGUCAGUGGACCCAGAACCAAAAGAUGAAGGUUCGUCAGUGGACCCAGAACCAAAUGAUGAAGGUUCGUCCGUGGACCCAGAACCAAAAGAUGAUGGUUCUUCAACAGAUAUGAUACCUAUGAACAACGGCAACCACAUUGAUAACGGAGAGAUGGACGUCUCGGCCGCUGAAACAAACACUAAGAGCGAUGAAGAUGAAGAAAACGUGAUCACACCAGACACGGAGAGCACGUCGUUUAAAUCGGAUCAGGACAUGACCCAAGACAAGGACGUCGAAGAGACCAAGAACAUUUCAUUAUCUCAAAAGGGAUCAAGUUUUGGAACGCAGGUCUCACAAAGCCCCAAACACACCUUAAAGUCCUCACCUCGUUUUGAACGAGCGGGAAAACUCGCCAGAACCAAGGAGAGCGCCCCUUUAAGAAUUACCGAUUAUGCGAUAGGUUCAGGAGACGCCCCAAGCUCGCCAGAGAAACCGGGUCUUCAUUCCGAGACAAACGGCGGAGAGAAAACCAACGGCACGGACACGGCUCAGCUGAUGGAGACCGAGCCCUGCUGCGGGAAUGCUUAAAAAAACAAAAAAAUUAUCUUUCGAUGAAUUAGUGUCUAGAUAGCAACAAUAAUUUUGGAGGAGGGGGGAAAAAAAACAAGAUGAAAUGUGAUGAACUCGAUAUCAAAAUCUAAUAAUGUGAAAAUUAUUCAUUAAACGAAAGGAUAAAUUCAGUUUUGUUCGUUGAGGUAAAAGAUGUAAAUGCUUAUUUUAUUUUCAUUUUCAAAACGGCUACCUGUAUAUGAAGAUGUUAAAUCUUGCCAUAAUUGUUCCUCAUAUUUUUAUUUCAAUUUUUUUUUACUCAUUUUGAUGAUGAUGAUUGUUGGGUGUUAAUAAUUAGCACUUUUCUUUUUGAGGCCGUGAUACAGGAAGAGAGAGUUGAAAUGUUAGUUUGAAGAAGAAAAAGAAAUUUAAACGAGUAUAUGAACUUCAUGAUUCUUCAUACUCGAUUCAGUGCACUGAACUGAAUUGAUUUCGUAAUCAGGCAGUACGGUUUUGUUUAGUUUUUUAGUUUAAUACUAUUAAGUGUUGCGCAAGUUUUCCAACUAAUGAUUAUGAUGAUUCUUUAAUUUUUUUUAUUUAAGAACAUUCCAGUUGACUCUGGCUACUUUAUCAUGAAUGUCACAUGUAUACCCGAUUAUCCUGAAGCUUUCAGUAAAGAAGUGAAGUACACUCUAGAUCUCUAGACCAUGUUCAUGGAAUCAGCUUGAGACAACAUCGUGACAUUAUGAUGCCUUUUUAUAACAGCUGUUAUGAAAUGGUUUAAUUGCAUUCACGAAGAGAUGCAUAUAAUCAGGAAAAAAAAUCUUAAGAAAAGCCUAAGAACUUACGGUGAUUGAUUUAUUGGUAUUCUGACGCUCGGCAUGUUCUGAGAAAAUCUUUCCCACACUUUUACAGUAUACCACCCUCAUUAUUAUACCUCGUUUACAUUACAAGCCGCGUUGCCCAAUUCCAACUCAAAUGUGUUUUUUUUUCUUUAUUUUUUUUUUAAUCAGAUCGGAUUUACAUGUCGUGCCUUGCGUUAGCUGUUUCAGUGCAUGUUGUUAGCACUGCUAUAAAAUCCCUGGGCCGCCGGUGCUGACUGAUGAUGUCAUCGAGUGUCCUAAGCAUGCACAAAGUCACAUUAGUUCCGAUCUGACCGUUCUCAUUCAAGUCACCCGAUCAUGUAACUGAUAAAUAUCAGAUCUACAGGUAGGGUCACGUACAAAAAUAGCUUCAAUCCAAUCUAAAAAGCAUCCGAUUUGUGAGUUCAGACAGCGUAAAUGAAAAAUCAAAUUUGUCACAUGGUGAUGUUAAAGUCGCCUGUGAUCUUCAUGUCCCACGAGACAUUUUCCCCAUCCUGUGGCCGAUUUUACCUGUUUUUGAAUCAUUCUUAAAGUUUGAUUUAAUGUAUUGCUUUGGUUCCAUUUUUAUUGAUUAAUUGAUUGAUUGGUUAAAUUAUGCGCAUGAUUGAGUUGGUGAAAGAAUCAUAUUCCUAAUAAAGUGACCAGUAAGAAUAUAUUGGGAUUGUGUUAAAGAUCACAAACAUCAUUAUACUUUCCAAUAAAAUAGGAUCACAGACUAUUUCGAUUUGCUGACUAGUAUCCUGCAUAAAAGAAUUUUGUUUGUUUUUGUUUUGUUUUUUUACAUUUCAAUUAUAGUUUCCAAUGCAUUUGGCUGGUGUGAAACAAGAUCAUGAAGUUUGAUCUUAUCUCUUUAUGGACUGUCAUGCUGAGCACUCAAGGACAUUGGGAAACAUUCCACGCUUGUGAAUGCAGCCUGUCGACCCGGUUUGGAAUGUACUGAAAUGUUCUGCAUUUCAUUUGAUUUCUCUUUUUAUUCCAGACAAAGGAAAAGUAAAAAGAAAAAAAAACAAAAAUCAACAUGUUGACUUGCACUAUUUUCUGACCGAGUAUUUCAAGGAAUCUCUCUAUUGUACCUGAAGGCUUUGACUUUUAUUCAUCUAAAAUACCCGAGUAUGAGAUUAGGAUGCACUCGGAGUAGUCAAGAAGAUUGGGGGGAGGGGCGGGGUCUAGAUCAACACAAUAUCUUUUUUUUUUUUUUUACAAUUUUUUUUCAUUAAGUGCAUGAUGUAAGUCUGUCUUAUAAAUGCUUCUAAAAUAAAACAACCAAUUCCAAUAAACAAUUGGACAUUAAACUUUUAAGAAACACUAAAUGCAAAGUAUUUAUUAAGCUGAAUAAAUCCAAAAUAAAAGUCAAUUUAAAUAUAACUUGUUUUAAACGGUUUGUGUGAAGAAACUUGCAAAGAACACACAUUUCCAGCGGCGCGGUGGCAUAGUGCUUAGCACCUCAGGCUUGUGUGUGUGUGUGUGUGUGUGUGUGUGUGUGGAGUUUGCAUGCUCUGUGCUUGGUGGGUUUCCUCCUAGUACUCUGAUUUCUUUCCAAAAACAUGCAAAUUGGUGUCUCCCAAUUCCCCAGUGUGUGUGUGUGUGUGUGUGUGUGUCCGCUGAUGGACUUGUACCCCACCUCGUGCCCAAUGUCCCCUGGGAUCAGUUCCAGGCUUCCCACGACCCUGUACAUAAGUGUUGUAGACGAUAAAUGAAUAAAAAUUACAUUAUACGCAAACUUAAUAUUACAUUUGUACAAAGUUUUAACAGUUUUGAAAGCUGAAAAUUUUCA